GUCAACGGAAUGCACUGAUGGAAAUGAAGUCCUCAUAAAUGGGAGUAGAUCUACGCGGCAGUGGCUUGCUCUAAGCAGAGUGGACAUACUCCUGGACAAGUCACAGCAGUCAGACAACAAAAGCGUAUUGGUUUUCUUGGCGUCCCUACCCUACGUACUGUUCUCGUCAAGUAUGAUCGAAGUUAGACUGGAAGCCUCUUUCAACAGCAGCCAGCCCACGGCGUCGGUUACGCUGGAUGAAUCUUGCCUCACAAGGAAAGGGCCUCCUUGUACCACGAGUCUUGAAAUAACUGCGGAGAUGAACAUUCUGGGGGACGGCAAAUUCGACAUAAGUAGUGAGGACUUCUGGACGCCUCUCCGAAAUCUGAUAAGGAAUCGCCUAAAUGGACGCAUUCGUUUGUUACAUCUUGUCCAAGGGUCUAGUAAACUGGACAUCAUCAGCGAAAUUCUUCCUAAUCUGCACGGUUUUGGAAUUGAGGAUCUGAUGUUAGUUGGUGCGCACUGGUCGCACCUCCAGAGAAAGCACCUUCGAAACAUACCGGCCCUCAAAGCACUCAACUUAUCCGGAAAUGGUAUAACCACCAUAGAAAACAAUGUCUUCGAGUCAACACCAAAUAUCGAGCGUUUGGAUCUCUCGAAGAAUCGCAUCGAAUAUUUGCCCGACAGCAUCUCGUCGCUGAGGAAACUGGAAGUACUAGACCUUUCCAGAAACCCUCAGCUACACGUGGAAAACAUCUCUAGUAAACUGAAGAGUGUCAUCAAUCUCAGUUGGUUGAAUUUAUCAAAAGUGCCACUGAAAUCCUUAGAGACUCUCAGAUAUUUCGCCCAGUACAAAAAUGACACGGAACACAAUAAAAUUCCAUUCCAACUUUUGGGAAUUAAUUUGAGUGGUUGUGAUAUCACAAUUUCCGAAGAUGACGUUACGUUCUUUGACCUUAUGCCUUCCCUUAUGCAUAUUGAUCUGUCACGCAAUCACCUCUCCACGUUACCGCCAAAUAUUUUCCGUUCACAAAAAAAUUUAAAAUCACUCAAUUUAGCGUCAAACGUUUUGAUCAACGGAUUUAGACUUGAAACAGCUGAGAUACAAGGUUUAAACCUGCUUGAUUUAUCAAAUAAUAAAUUAUCAAAUUUGGAAAGUAUAUAUAUAUCAGGAACAGUUGAGGAAAUAAAUUUAUCUGAAAAUGCAGUGUCAGAGUGGAGCAAAAACGACGUAUUUUUGAAGGCUGGCGGUUAUAAUCAGUCGUGGGUAAAGCGACUCAAUUUAACAUACAACGCGAUUACAACAAUUUCGGAAUACAUGAGCAAUUCCCUUUUAUUUUUAGACAGCGUUGACCUUGGACAAAAUCCUUUAAACUGUGACACGUGUGAAAUACAACCACUCCAGAGGUGGCUCCGUCAACAAAAGAACACUAAAAUUUUCAAUCUGGGAACCACAGACAAUUUGAUCUGUGGUGGGUCAAGAAGCAAACGAAGAGAAAUCAUCAAUGUGUCAUUAAACAGCACAUGGUGCUUGUCAGUUGCAGCUGAAGACAAAUUUGACCCGGUUUUAGUUACUGGGUUACCACUGACAGUUGUCAUGGCACUGAUACUGCUGACAGCCAUCGCCAUGUAUGGGUACAGGUUUGAGAUUGCUUACGUAAGGCACCUCAUCAACAUCAGACGACAGAGGCAUCUCAGGGAAAAUGAGCCCAUAGGCCAGUACCACUACGACGCUUUCGUCUCUUACAGUGUCGCUGACAGAGACUGGGUGAUCAAAGAGCUGCAACCCCAGCUGGAGGAAGGUCCUGAGAAGUACCACCUAUGUCUGCACGAGCGAGACUUUGUUCUGGGCUCCAUAAUUGCUAACAAUAUUGUGGACUGCAUGAGAAACAGCAGAAUUACUCUGGUUAUUCUGUCCCCUCAUUUCGUCAGAAGCCAGUGGUGCAGAUGGGAGCUGGAAGUUGCGAACCACAAACUAUUUGAAGACGAUCGUGAGUUCCUGGUUCUGGUGGAGCUGGGGAGGCUGGAUAGGAGAGAGCUUCCCCAGCAUCUUUCCUACCUUCUGGACACCAGGACCUAUCUCGAGUGGCCGGAAGGACCUGGGCCCCACCCCGGUGCCUGGAGAAGACUCAAAUACGCCCUUGGAGAGAGCUUGUACCAAAAGAGAGCAAGACGGCAGGCUAACCAGGACGACAGUAAAUUAGCCAGAUCCUGUGACUAGGGUGGUCUUUUUGUUAAAAUUCUAGUAAAAUAUUCAGAAUGUGAAAAACUAAAUUGCUUCAUCACUCAAAUAUGCCUAUAAUUUUAAAUAUUUAUAUUACCAGCUAGAAAAAUAUUAAUUUAAUCAAUACCACAAUAUACAAUCUUUUUUAAAAUAGUAUCUUUUGUUACACUUUAAAGCCCAGUAAUAACUACUUCAUUUAAUAAUCACUGACUCAAAAUUUUGUAUUUAUGGAUUUCUUAUGACUUUCAGUGUAAACAUAUAUUUCUUUAAACAACAUUAAACAGUUGUAGUGGGGAUUGAAUUCUUAAAAAUUAUUUCAAUGAGCUUUGGCUCUUUCCAUUUCUCAUCGCUCCACCUUUUCUAUUUCCGAACGCCUUAACUAUUUUUCAAUUAAUCUUUACUAUUGUAGAAGGGCAAGCGGGCACCGUCUGGAAAACUCAGCCAAAUCAAAAAUGUGCCCCACUGAUCUAUGGCAGAGCACGGAAUCAUCACGUAGUUUGCAUGUCACUGACCAAGUGACGCCAAAAUAUGUAGGAUUCAAGGCAUUAUAGGAAAUACUGAAUAUAAAAAUUGAUUUAAAAGCUCGGGCAAUGAAGUGGAAUUUAUAGUCUGGUCAUUCCGCCCCAACACUGCGAGUUUAAAUAUAACACAGUAACAUGUGGAUUGCUGAAACAAACUUCUCACCGUUUCUUUCCACUUAUUAUGAAUAAUUUAUAUGGUACACAAAACUCAGAGAACUACAGACUAGUGUGCAAUGAAGUUCUGUGUUUCUCGUACUGAAUUAUUUAUGAUCUAAAAGAACAUCUUUCUGCUACUGAAGUUUUGUGUACAGUCCAUGGUCAUGAUCCUGUCACUGAUUGCCUUUUGUAUAUGAAUAAAAUAUUUACACGAAAAUCCUAUAUUUUUCCGAAAAUACUUAUAUUUAUCUCAUUGUGUUCUGAUAAAAUAACUUACGGUCUCAACAAUCAAAACUCAACAUUAGUCCUUAUGCUGCUGUUAUGUUAAUGAUUUUCGCCAUCUGAUAAGAUUAUACUCCAUUGUCAUUAUUUACAUAGAUUUGUUCGUAUCCUUGUGGCCGAUUAAGUAGGAUAAGAAAUAAAAAUGCGUAGUAGGCUACAGUGGACAGAGGACGGAGACUGAAGAAUCCAAUCGAGGGCGAGGUAAUUCUCUAAGGAGCCGUCACUACACUCACAGGAGCAAUAAAUCACUCAUUGUAGAAAUUCUCGUUAGAGCCCUGACGACAGUCUGGCAUUGAAUUCGCCAGCAAAUGUACCAGUCAAUCAGAGUUCUCCACCACCUGUUCUGUCUCUGUCGGUUCCGUAAAGUGGCGCCGACAGAUAAAAGAAUGUCAUCCACCGGAACACGGACCAACUUCUGUCCGCAGUUUCAAUGAUUCUGAUCAAUAACAAGAUCUGGGAAGAACGUAUGACUCUGAGGCUAGGAAGUACUACACAUUUACUAUAAAUUUAUAGGUAUAUUAUGUAAUGAUACAUUUCGAAAAAUCUUAAAUAAAGAAUAAUAUAUGGGGUGGUAAAGAUGAGAAGAUAACAUUAAAAUUACGCAACAGUAUAUAUACACUGCAUUAAAAUGCCCGGUACAGUCCACCAACUCGGCGCUAUUCCAAGACGUGCAUCGUCCUUGACCGCUCUAACAAUGAUAUUUUGGGUUCGAACCACGCUCGAGGUACAGGUGUUCGUUUUUACCUUUGUUUUAUUUGUAAAUAAAGGCAGCGCCUUGUCCAAAGUCUGGUAUAUUAAAUAAAAUACUAACUCUUACUCUGUUAAGUAGAAAAAAGGACACAUAAGUUACAACAUUACAACAUUCCACGCUGCUAUGUCUGUACAGUCUGAUAAUUCGAAUUUGAUUUUACUGAACGCGCAGGUUGGAGGGGCAGAAACUUUGUGCUCUAACAAUGAAGAACCAGUUUGCAAAGUUAGGAAAUUUGCUUGCGGUCCAAUAACAUCUCGAACUGCACAGUUCUGUAAUACUAGUACGGUCCAGCCAACUCAUUAAUUAUGUCAGCUGUUCAAGGAAGGUACGACGACAAUGCACCACUCCUUCUGAAUAUAUUCAGCCUAGAUUUGCAUGGCCAUUACCUCGGCUACAGCAAACCGUGUACUGCAUAUUUGGAGACAAUAUGAAGAAAACGAGAGUAAGGAUUUCUCUGUUUAUGCCCGUCACAUAAAACGACGUCCAUAAAAACGUCUCUUUAGCUCAAAACGUUACGACAUUGAGGGGGGGGGAAACGGGUCACACGAAGAAAUUGUUUCCGGGUACUACAAAUUUAAUGGCAGAAGCACUGAUGAAAGUAUACCGUGCAGAUCACCAAGAGUACACAUCCAACUGGUGUUUAAUCUUUGCAACCGAAGAUAAUUUACACAAUAUUUAAGAAUUCAGUCCGUACCUCACAGAAAACAACACUUAUCCAUUACAAGGACGAAAUGAUUAACGCUAUCUACGGAAAUGAUCGCUGUUAGCAAUAAGAUUAUUAAGAAACCUACGAAUACAAAAUGCAGAGUUAAUGUGAAUUAAAGUUGGUGCUACAUUAGUUUUCUCUGGGCUUUACGAGGUUAAGCAGAUUAAAACACUGACUAAAAACUGGAAA